AUGGAAAUGGAUCCACCAUCAAAACGUUAUCGUCGAGACGAUAAUGUGGAUCCAACAAAUCCAGAUCCAUCAAUGGUUGUACACGUACGCAAUUUAAGUCCGAAAGCAACUGAAGCGGAUCUGCUUGAAGCACUUGCUCAUUUUGGUGCAAUCUCGUAUGCUACUUGUAUGCCUGGAAAACGAAUGGCUCUCGUUGAGUUCGAGGAAGUAGAAGGUGCACGUGCGUGCGUUGUUUAUGCACAAACCAAUCAGAUAUAUGUCGCCGGACAAGCAGCUUUAUUCAAUUACUCAACAUCGAAAAUGAUUCAGAGACUUGGUCUCGAAUCGGAACAUCCUAAUCACGUCCUUAUUUUGACCAUUUACAACGCUCAGUACCCUGUCAAUGUUGACGUUAUCCAUCAGAUUUGCGAGCCACACGGUUUUGUGAAGCGCAUAGCAAUGAUACGACGUUCAAUGUUACAAGCAUUGGUUGAAUUCGAGAGUGCCGAUGUUGCCAAGAAAGCAAAACACGCUAUGAAUGGUGCUGAUAUCUAUUCUGGAUGCUGCACUCUUAAAGUCGAAUUUGCCAAGCCCGACCAUGUGAAGGUAACCCGAAAUGAUCAGGAUCAAUGGGACUAUACGAAUAGCGCACCAACAGAGUCAUUUCCUGAAGAAACGCGCAAACCACCUCUGUUAAAUGACAACGGUCCUUCACCUCGGGGUGGAAGAGGUGGUGGAUUUGGUCGAGGUCGUGGUGGUAAUGGAUCGGGCGGGAGUGCUGGAUAUGCGGGUGCUGCAGGGAGUGGUGGCUUGAUGAAUAUGAGGGGCGAACGAUACGGUAGUGAAACGGGUGCGAGUUACGGUAGGGGUGCUGCUAGUGGAGGUGCUGCAGGGUUCGGCGAGUUCGAUGAUGGAUACGGAGGAGGGGCUGCGAAUGAUGAUUAUUACGCCGGUAGAGGCGGGAGUGGUAACGGUGCAUACGAUAGAGAUGAGGGUGGCUACGGUGCUAGGACUGAAGGUGGAUACGGUAGAGGCGGUGGUUUCAACAGAGAUGGUGCGGCCGGUUACGGUAGAGAUGAGGGUGCGGGUUACGGUAGGGGAGGUGGGGGAUACGGUAGAGGUGACGCUGGGUACAGCAGAGGCGAAGGAGGUUAUGGCAGAGGUGAUGGGGCUUAUGGUAGGGGCGAGGGUGGAUAUGGUAGAGGUGAUAGCGGAUACGGUAGAGGGGAUGGGGGAUACGGUAGAGGAGAUGGAGGAUACGGUAGAGGCGAUGGUGGAUAUGUUAGAGGAGAGGGUGGAUACGGCAGAGGUGAAGGUGGUUACGGUAGAGGUGAUGGUAAUUAUGCUAGAGGCGAGGGUGGUUACGGUAGAGGUGAAGGUGGGUACGGUAGAGGGGAAGGUGGGUACGGUAGAGGUGAGGGUGGAUUUAGCAGAGGUGGAGGUGGUUUCGGCAGAGGCGAAGGCGGUUACGGUAGAGGCGACAGCGGAUACGGUAGAGGUGAGGGUGGGUUUGGCAGAGACCGUGGAGGGUUUGGUCGAGGAGAAGGGGGCUUCAGCAGGGGGGAAGGUGGAUUCGGUCGGGAUCAUGGAGGGUACGGCAGAGGAGAGGGUGGGUUCGGCCGAGCCGAGGGUGGAUUCGGCAGAGGAAGAGGUCGUGGUGCUAUAGGAGGUGACUAUUAUCAUAAUGAUCCUGGUGCUGAUGGUCCAGUUGUCAUGGUUUAUGGAAUUGAUCAGAAGAAUUUCAACUGCGACAAAAUAUUCAAUCUGUUGUGCUUAUAUGGCAAUUGUGACCGUAUUAAGUUCAUGAAGUCCAAACCGGAUACGUGCAUGGCUCAAAUGGGCAGUGUACGUGAAGUGUAUACGGCUAUUGAUAAUCUCCACGGUACGAUUCUAUUCGGUCAGAAGUUAGCACUUCGACCAUCGAAACAGCAAAUCUUGCAUGAAAUUCGUGAUCCAUUUGAUCUACCGGAUGGUACUCCUUCAUUCAAAGAUUAUGUGGGAAGUCGCAAUCAGCGCUAUUCAACGCCAGAGCAUGCGUCUCGUAAUCGAAUCGUUAAACCAACAAAUGUUUUACAUUGGUUCAAUGCACCAGUUACGAUGACUGAGGAGAAACUAAAGGAGUUGUUCGCUGAUCGUGGUGCCGCGAAGCCGAAAAAUGUAACGAUGUUCCCACAAAAGUCCGAAAGAAGUUCAUCGGGAAUCUGUGAAUUUGAUAGCACUGAACAAGCUGUUGAAGCGCUUCUACUUGCCAAUCACACACCUGUUGAUAGUCCUCUUGGAAAAGCGCCGUAUAUUGUGAAAUUAGCAUUUGCGGGAGGCCGUGAUGGAAGAGAUUUUCGUACGUAA